AUAUAAUAUGUGUAUGUUUUCUCAAGUACAUUUCAGUUAUCACCUGACUGAAGCAGUCGUGAUUUUUCCGACAUAUCUUUGAUAAAUUAUUGAUAAAUUUUAGUGAAAAUUUGAAACUACUUUCGGUUUUUGGCCCAACCUCGUUCAGUAUUUUCAUAAAUGACAUUCUUGCUGUGUUGCCUUCCGAUGUCGAAACGGAAUUGUAACCAUUGGUGUUGCAAAACCGUUGCCUUGCAGUACAGUAGUUGGAGGGGAAAAAGCAAACGGUCAUAGUGUACAAAAUAGUCAGGAAUGCAUAAACUCCCUGGCAUCUGAUGAUCACACAGGGAUGGAUUCCUUUCACGAGUGCCUUCAGGAAUACGGCGAGGGGCUAGAAGUGGUACAAAUCUGUCUUGAGCCCGAAGAAGCUUCUCUCAAGGAUGAGGAAAUCUCCGCGUACGGUGACCUCAGCCUAGACGACUGCAGGAAAGAUAGAAGCAGUCAGGAAAAAGUUAACGGCAUUGAAAAGUCAUCUAAAUCCAAUUCCCUGGAUGACCCUGAUGACGACAUGACAAUAACUGAAGACGAUGUCCUCAUUGCCCCCAGGGAACUAAGUAAACCAGUCGACAGGAAAGAGAUAGAAAGAGAAAGAAGCUUGUCGAAACAGCAGAGUAAAGAUAUAUCAACCUCAGACGAAAUGGUGUUCGCGGUCACACCAACAGGUCUAGAAAGGAUAAGCUUUGAAAAAUAUUGGAAAGAGUGCGAUGAGCCAAAAAACCGAAAAACAAAAUUAGAAAAGGUAAAAAGUGACGAGAGUUGGAAGGAAUGCCUGAAUUCUCCGACCGAAGAUACAAUUACCCUAUCUGAUGCAACUGCAAGAAUUUCCGUCCAAGAAGACAGUUCCCUUUUGUUUAUCGAUCACGAAGUCGAUGGUUACGAAACAUGCCUCGACGAAGAUUCCUCCUCAGUGAAGUGUGUAAAAAACGCUCGUAAAAAUAGCAGCGAUCACAUCAAAGACAGGAGUAAACACGAUAAAAAGUAUAGAAACAGAGACAACGAUCUAAGUGCCAAAAGCGAUUCGCAGAACACUGCCAAUUCCGUAGAGGAGGUGUCGUCGCGCUAUCCUUAUGUGCAAGAGCACAUAAUAAAGCAGAUGAAAUCUCUGAGAAUAGAGCCGUUAAACGUAAACGUAGGUCAUAAAAAGUUGAAAAAGAAAAGUCCGACGAAGCCAUCCAAAAGCGAGCGCAGACCGUGUGUCGAAUAUUACAACGACCAGGCGGAAUGCUUGAAAGAGAUAAGACGGAAAAAAUUGGAGGAAGAGGAGAGGAAGCAUAAAGAGGAGCAGAAGAAGAUUAUGGACAACAAUCUGGCGACUAUGGAAAAAAGAAUAAUGCUGAAAACGCAGGAGCCAAGUGAAGAGUCGACCGACCUCGACAAUAAUUACGUUCCAGGGUGUCAUAAGUGUUUCUUUGAAAACUACGCUUACGCGAUAACGAAAGCGUAUAUAGCGGAGGCGUCUGCGUGUAAAUAUUGUGAAGUGAUUAGGGACAUGUUGGAAACGCCAAAAGUGGUAAACGAUAGACGUGGUUCCGCACCCGCUCUAGUGAAUUUGGACAGUUCAGUGUCAGAGACUGAUGAUGAAGACUUACUUAUGGUGCCAGUGGUAAACAGGAGAAAGUCUGCUGGCCCGUUAAAAUUCUUUGUGCCUUCUAGAAGACCUAGCUACGUGCCUGUGCCAGCUAUGACGGUGACAGUGUCCCCGGAGCGCCGCGAGGUGGCGCAGCGGUGGGGCGCGCCCCGCAAGGUCUUGCUCACCAGGAGCCCCGGGGCUCCGCUAGGGGUCAGCAUAGUUGGAGGAAAGGUUGAUAUAAUUUCAAAUAGAGACGGCGACGAUGGUGAAGAAAAAGUCAUCUUCGGCAUCUUCAUCAAGAACGUGGUGCCCGGCAGUCCGGCUGGCAGCUGUGGAGAAUUACAGACUGGAGAUCGAAUUUUAGAAGUUGACGGCGUGUGCGUGAGAUCAGCUCCUCACGAACGCGCGGUGCAGCUCAUCAAAGCUGCUGGAGACAAGGUCACGCUUACUGUGCAGAGUCUUGUAGCUUGGAACACGGAUUCUUCAGAUGUCGACGCAUCAUCGCCAGCGAUAUCACCCACACACUCUGUGAGGAAAACUCACACGCCCUCCCCUAAUCCUGAUAGGACACCGAGACACGAGAUCAAGAUUACUGUCUCCGAGCCAGAUCUUGAGAACGAGAAAGAGAUAACUGGAGGCAGUGAGAAAGAGACUGACGAAUCACCAGAGGAACCGCCUCCGAGGCCGGUGUACUCGGACUCCGAGAGCAGCGACGAAGAAGACGAGAGAGAUCUUGGUGGGAGAACUUACACCGACAAAGGAGUAGAGAUCGAUCGUGCCUCAGCAGGAGCCAUCAAGCGCAGCAAAGAAGAGAAGGAGGCAGACCCAGAGCAAGAGGACGACUUCGGCUACACGACCAACAAAAUCCGCAAGAAGUACGCGUCGCUCGGCGACAGCGUGGUCGCGGUCAAACUGGAGCGCAGCCCGAAAGCUGGACUUGGACUCUCGCUGGCUGGACAUAGGGACCGGAGUCGCAUGGCCGUGUUCGUAUGCGGUCUGCACCCGGCGGGCGCGGCGGCCAAAGCCUCGCCCGCGGUCAAGGUCGGAGACGAGAUUCUGGAGGUGAAUGGGAUUGUGUUGCACGGAAGAUGCCACCUGAACGCAUCGGCCAUCAUAAAGGGACUCAUAGGACCAGUGUUCAAAAUUAUAUUGCUGAGGAGAAAAUCUGCUUUGGAAGAUGUAGCGGUGAAGCCACUCACUCAGUUCCCUGUCGCCUUAGAAGAAGAGUCGGAGGACCGGUUUGCUGGCUACAAAGGUGUCCGGGAUAUAACCAUAAAGAAGGGUCCAUCAGGGUUGGGUAUCAUGAUCAUCGAGGGUCGCCACACGGAGGCUGGGAGGGGAAUCUUCGUGUCGGACCUGCAGGAGGGCAGCGCUGCUGAGCAGGCCGGUCUUCAGAUUGGAGACAUGAUACUGGCUGUGAACAGGGACUCCUUACUCAGCUGCAGUUAUGACGCGGCGGCAGCUAAGUUAAAGCAGACUGAAGGUGUGGUGGUACUCACUGUGUGCAGCCCCAACAUGAAGGAUAAGGAUGAAGGCGGCACUACACCAGCGGCAGGCAGCGCGGCGUCGCGCAGCCACACGCCCGACGCCGCGGCCGCGACGCGCGCGCCCACCCCGCGCCCCGCACCAUCGCCCGUCAAAGCGGAACCUCCUCCAGACCCCGCGACAGCUGCCAUAAUCCCCAAUCAAGAAAUGACGAUAGAAAUAAAUUCUGCCAACGAAGUAUUAGGAAUCGUUUUACUGGGAGGAAGCGACACACUCAUCAAUGGUGCAGCAGCUGUAAUUCUCGACAUAUAUGAUAACGGCUGCGUGGCGAAAGACGGGCGGCUACAGGUCGGCGACCAGAUACGGGAAUGUAACGGGAUACAAAUCACUAAAGAUAUGGUCCACGAACGUUUAUGUAUGUCCAUCAAGCAACGAGCACCGAAGCUCCGCUUGUCAGUAUUCCGUCCGUCCCCCGUCGAGUGGACGACCGCGGAGGCGGAGGUGUCCCGCAAGCCGGCCCGCGCGCUCGGACUCACCGCGCGGCGACCCGCCCGCGCGCCGCACGCCUACCUCGGCGACCACAUCCCCGGUUCGCCAAUUGAGCUCGACGGCCGACUUCAGAAGGGCGAUUUCAUAGUAUCAGUGGACGGCAAAGAUCUUUCCGAGGCAGACUACAUGACCGUCGCGACAACGCUAAAACUCAUCGGUAACAAAGUCAACAUCAAAGUGAAAAGAUUCAAAGUCGUCAGAUAGAUGAACGAAGACCAUCAAGUGUAAUGUUUAAAAUCAAGCCAGAUAACAAUCUGUUGAAAUGAAGGUUCAGAAAAAUAUUUACGAAUCAACAAGGGUUGACGGGUAGUUUGUGAAUCAUGGUUGCUUUCCAAUUACAGAGCAUAAUGCGACUCAGUGCCGCACAAUGCUGAAUUAUGCUGAUGCUUAAUUGGAACGUGAAUUAGUUUUCAAAUGCACCAGCAGAGUGCGCUAAGUUCAGUGUUGAAAAAAAAAGUCAAUGUUUGUACCUUCAUCCAUACUUAUAUUUAUUUUUUAACAGUUUGAAUGAACUUUGAUUAUUUAAAAAAAACUAUUUAAAAAAACGAAAGAUUUAAUAAUUUUUCAACAAUAAAUAAUAUUACUAACGAUAACAUAUAAAUAAAACAUUUCGAUCAAUGCCAACUUAAAGAAAAAACACUUGUUAAUUUUCUGUCUCUAAGUUGGUACGAUUGCACGCAUCACACGAAAGCAUCACUUUUGAGAGUGCUCAAUUGUGCGAAGCGUUGCUGUAGUUGGAACACUCAACGUUAAGCAUUAUGCCGCAUAAUGCGCUAUAAUGCUGUAAUUGGAAAGCAACCCAUAUCUGCGAAUGGAAUUUCGAUGAAUCUACUUGUCCGAAUCUACAUAUAUGUGCAUAAUUUAAGUUGACCAAUUUUCACAUUCUCAUAUUUAUCUGUUUUUAUUUUACUAAUUUAUAUUAAUUAAAUAUUAAUAUUAUUCUUAUCAUUUACUGCAUAGUGGCACUAAAUUGCUUAGAAAUAGUUUCUUCCUAAAUAUUUAUCGAAAUCGAAAGUAGUAACUACUGGAAAAAUUUAAUUUAUUUUAAUUAUAAAAUAAAAAUAUCCCAGACGUUUGGCAUUUAUAAAUAUCCAUUAUUAUUUAUUUGUAUUUAGUAGUUUCAAUAUUUUAGGAAUAAAUAAUAAAAAAAUAUCUUGGGCCAAAAUAAUUUAGCUAUGUACUGAUCAUUUUCUGGCUGAAAAAUGUUAGUUAAGUGAACAGACAAUAAAAUAUUGUAUCGUUUCAAAUCAAUUUUAAUAGUGAAAUCAUGGAAAAUACAUACAAUAGGAAAGAUGUUCUGUGGGAGACUAUUACUUAAAAAAUACAUAAAAUUCACUGUAAAUUACGAGUACUUGUAGAGUUUCUUAUUAUUUACAAAGUAAAUUAGGUAAGCUAUAGAUACAUACCUAUUCUCAUAAUAUACGCUUGUUUUGAUAUUGGCAGCGUAAAUCUUAUACUUAUUCCUUAACCUCUUGGGAUAAAAUAAUUCUAUCCUUUAAAGCUCAGUUAUUGAACGAACCAAAUGAAAUAAUAGAAUAUGGGCCAAAGAAAAGUACUGUAAAAGUAAGUAUCAGAGAAAUAUGAAAAUAAAUAAAAUUUUACUCGAAAAAAAUCCAGGUGGACCAGGCAGCAGACGGGACUCGAAACCGCACCCUCCGCUAUACGGACGGAUUUUGUUCUAAUAAAAUUUUCUUUAGAUUUAAACAUCUAGCAGUUAAAUGCUUAAAAAAAAGAAAAUGAUCAAAUCUGAAUAUGCGAUGAGAUUGAAAUCAUAGGGAAAAUUUGACAUCAAAGAAUAACUAAAGAAAGUGAAAGAGAUGGAAUGAUAUAUUUAAAGUAUUUAAGCUAAGACACCGAUGAGAUGUUUUGAUCAGUCGAGACGGAAUUAAAAUAUAGUUGACGUAUGUAUGAGAACCUAACAUGCUUGGACGUUUUGGCUAGCAAACACAAUAUACAUCAUUCAAUUUUUAAGAGUUAUUUAGCUUUAUGUAGUCGGAAUAAAUAUUGCGCUAAGAUAGAAAUUCAAAAUUCAAAGUAAUAACUACCAACCAAUUAAAGUAGUUAAGUAACUCACGAAAAAGCAAAAAUAUAAUUUUAAUUAUCUAUUACCUUGCAUUAUUAAUUUUAAUUGUACUUCAGAUAUUGCCAAAGUUCCACUAGUGACUAGACACUUAGGUGUAACCAAUCCAUGGUAGAUUUUAUUUAAUCAAUUGCAUAAGAUAACAAUUAAGCAUCUAAAAAUUAUAAUAGUGCGAACUUUUUUGUUUUUUUUUUCAAAGCUAGGCCGAAAUGACCCUUGGUUGUAGCGAGUAAGGUUAUUUCAGUAUUUAGUUUUGAAGUUAGUUUUGCUUCCUGCAUCAUCUUGCAGCAACUGGAGUUAAUCAUCUUGAACUUCUUGAUCUUUCAUACACGAUGAUCGACAUAUACUUUGUAUAACAACAAAAACAACAAUACGACCUUUAUUAAUAAGAACUAUAUAUUUAGGUUCUGUAGUCUUUAUCACAAGUACAAUAUAAGGGACUCUGAUCAAGAUUAUUUUUUAUGUUUGAUUGUUCAGAUCAAUCUGUCUUAGUUUUUGGUCCUCUAAGAGCAAAUCAAAUACUUACUAUCUAGUCGGCAAUAUAGUAGGACAAUAUUAUUAGCUGCACAUUCACAUUCACUAGUACUAUUAGUUUGCAAUUAAAAGUGUUAUUAAUGUCCUCCAAUAAUGUAGGGCUGGCUAAUAAAUUUUAGAACUAUAAAUAAGUAGAUAUUUAUGUCAGUUCUUCAGUUCUCAAUACUUUAUCUUCUAUACAAGACCAGCUACCUAGAGGUUACUUGGUGAGAGGUGUUUGUUAAUUUUUGGAAAAUAACAAUGACGGUGGCAUUUAUACCAUGAUUAGAAUAAUUUUCUUAACUAGGAAAGAAUGAGGAAAAGAGCUAAAUUCGGUUAUACGAUUGGCUUAAAUUCACGAGUUAAAUAUUAAUAACUGUCAGUCAUGACUAUUUUAAUUUACAAAAAAUAUUUGCUUACAAUUAUAACUACAGUUAUAAUAAUUUUUAGCAACAGGAUACCAAACGCAGAAUUUUUAUAAAAUUUAUGUAGGCAUGUAUAGGGCAAAUAAUAACUAUAGUUUCAAAUACAAUGUAAAAAUACUAUCUUAAAAUGAGGUUAACUAUAUCCAAUUUAAUAAAGUCAAAUAUUAUCUACGCCAUUUUUCUAUUAAGAUUGCCUUUUUAUGAAUUAAUUAAAUUAUAUUAGUAGUAUUAGGCUUCUUACUCCAAUUAUAUCAACACCACAAAUAGGAUGCUAGAAAGAUUAAACAAAUUUAGAAAUUAUACUUGAAGUAUGACAUUGAAGAUCCACAAUAAAUCUAGAAAAACUAUAGUGUAACAUAAAAUUUAAAUUAAAGAUAUCUUUUUUAAGAAAGAUUUGAAUGACAAAGUUUAAUAAAAAAUCUAUAUCGAUUUAAAAACGUCAUAAAUUAGUUAUUAUAGCAUCGAUCUAUUUUAGAAGCCUAUUAAUGAGAUUUUUACUAAUCUUAAAUGAAGGAGUAAGCAACUAACUAAAUGUUAUAUAAAGUGCUAAAAUAUUUCUAUAGCAAAAUGCCAAUUCCUAUUAUGAAAAUUAUAAUAAUGCAUUUAAAAAUUAAUAAAAAGUAAAGGAUUGCGUAGCAUAAUUCUAAAUCAUUGUAAAGUGUAAAAAGUGUCUUUUUCUUUAUCAUAACCGAUAGAUUUAAAUUAGUAGUACCUAUAGUUAGAAAGAAUACCUGAAAGAAUCUUAGAUCUCUAUGGCCUGAAUAAAUAAAUAUUAAACUAGAAUUUAUGAAUAAUUCAAUAUUUAAAAAUAUUCUAUAUUAUUUGAAACAGAUAAAACUAUAAAUGCAGCUUUUGAUGUGAAUUUUUUAAAGUACAAUUACUAAUAAUUCCAAAGAGAAUAAUUAUUUCUUUAAUAGGAACCGAAUAUACACAAUCGUGCCAUAUGAGUAUAGAAAGUGGGAUAGUAUAAUUCUUUAUGUAUUAUAAAUUGGUACUAUAUUGUGAAAUCUAAAUUGUAUUUAGUGCUAUUUAAUUAUAUAACAUAUUUAAGAAAUUUAUAUUGUGAGUGUUAUAUUAUUACACUAGAUUUAUUUGUCGUAAAUACACUUAGUAACGUUGGGAAUAUUUUAAAUUCGUAUAAAAAAAAUUACAGUGUUUUCUGAAGUAGUAGGUACUAUGUAAGGAACACGUUUACAAUAAUUGUAGACAUUUGUGAUUUUAAAAAUUAGUUAAUUUAUUAUUAUUUAAACUGUAUUUCCUAAGUGUGAUUGUGAAUCCUUGUCAAUAUUAGUCUUAGUUUUAAUAUCUAACAAUCACGUUAGAAAAAAUACAAUAUACCUACUUAUUUAGAAAAACGUGAACUUAGUUUUAUUAACAAUUAAAAGCACUAGAAACAAAAUUUGAUUUUUCUACUUAAUUAAAAUAAAAUUAUUAGGCGCGACAAUUUUUAAACCGAAAUAUUCUUAAAGGUUACAUUUGGGAUUUUAUGAUAAUUAUUAUUAUAAUAGAUAAAAAUGAAAUAAAAUGUAAAAUUGUAUGAAAUAGUGGUUCAGUAAUAAUAAACUGUGCGCUUUUUU